UCACUCUCACGUCACCUGUCAUUUUACCAAUUUUUCGGAAAAACUCAAAAAAAUCACUUGUUGUUUAGCACCGCUCCACGCCUUUCGUUCCAUCCUCUCGACUUUGAUAGAUGACGCGCCCUGGACGAUAAACACUGAUAAGAAACACAAAUUGAGUGCGUUUCGAGUACUCCUAACCUCACUUUCGAAAAUGUACAACUAGUCGAAAAUGUCGAAUCGCAAGGCAAACAGUGCUACUUCGCGACUCAAACAGGAUUAUUUGAGGCUGAAGCGCGACCCCGUACCAUACAUCACCGCCGAACCUUUACCCUCGAAUAUCCUAGAAUGGCACUAUGUGGUGUGUGGGCCAGAAAAUACGCCCUACGAAGGGGGGUUCUACCACGGGAAGUUGGUUUUUCCGCGAGAGUUUCCCUUUAAGCCCCCUUCUAUUUAUAUGAUAACGCCAAAUGGGAGAUUUCGGACCAACAAGAAGCUGUGUUUGAGUAUAUCGGAUUUUCAUCCAGAUACGUGGAACCCGGCGUGGAGCGUUUCGACUAUACUCACAGGGCUUCUCAGUUUUAUGCUUGAAAAGAGCCCCACUUUGGGGAGCAUAGAAACGUCAGAAUACGACAAGCGGCAGUUUGCUUAUCACUCGCUUGAAUUUAAUCUCAAAGACAAGGAGUUUUGUGAUUUAUUUCCAGACACAGUUACCAAAAUCCAGGAUGUGCUGACGCAACGGAGUAACAUGAAUAAUAACGUGGCAGAGAACCAGAAACCCUCUCGGUCAGUAGCAGAACCCAGCAAUUUCCAAUCAUGUAUUACUAAUUUGAUAGUAUUUAUUGGUGUUGCUGCAUUUGCGAUUACGGUAAAAUACGUAGUAAUAACAACGGCGUCUGAAGCUGAAUAGGUUUUCGCGAUUGUGAAGAACGGCGCAGGAUAUUUAAUCUUUGUAGGAGAUUUAAGAGAUUUUUUUGUAGAGCACACGUUUAGGGUUCUUUGUAGUUUCAGCUGAACUUUUUUACUUAAAACACUUUCAACAAUUUAUAAAAAUAAAUCUCUCAAUGUAAAUAACUUAUGUAAUAUACUAUAAUCCUAGUAUUAUUGUUAUUAAUAUU